UCUACCUCUAGUUGCUUUGCUAUUUUCCGGUUGUCGCUGCUCAGUUAACUCUCCACUGAUCCAUUCACAGGUGCUCCAUUGUUUCCAUUUCUGGGUUUUGUUUGUUGUGUGAAAUGGAGAGAAAACAGGGGUUCUUUUCGGCACUUAAAGAGGAAGUGGUUAGAGGGCUGUCGCCGGGGAGGUCCAGGUCGAGAUCAAGGGCGCAGAGUCCGGCGAGAAGUGGGUCACCAAUGUCGGGUCUUCUAAGGCGGAGGAAGGGUCAGGGUCACCGCCACGUGCAGCAGCCGGAGCAGUUAAUUGCGAGAUCCGGAAGUCUGAGGCCUGCAGAAGCUUUAUCGCCGCUAAAGGAGGGUCCGGACGGGAAUGAUCGCGGAGAUUCAAGGAUGGAGGGGAGGUGGGGCCACUGGAUGAAGGAAAAGCUUUCGAGGACACCAUCAGUUGCUGGCUCAGCCUUCAAGCGGUCCGAUCUGAGGCUGCUGCUUGGUGUCCUUGGUGCACCGCUCGCCCCUGUUCACGUUUUCACCGGCGACCCUCUGCCUCAUCUCAGCAUCAAAGAUACUCCAAUUGAAGCUUCAUCUGCUCAGUAUAUAUUGCAGCAGUACACGGCAGCAUCAGGAGGGCAGAAGCUUCAAAACUCUAUUCACAAUACGUAUGCAAUAGGAAAAGUGAGGAUGAUAGCUUCUGAGUUUGAGACUGCCAACAAGGUGACUAGGAGUCGGAAUUCCUCCAAAGCUGCAGAGUCAGGUGGCUUUGUUCUAUGGCAGAUGAAUCCAGACAAGUGGUAUGUGGAGCUUGCACUUGGUGGCAGUAAAGUUCAUGCUGGCUGCAAUGGGCAGCUUGUGUGGAGGCACACACCUUGGCUUGGUGCGCAUACUGCAAAAGGCCCUGUUAGACCACUACGACGUGCACUUCAGGGUCUUGACCCAAGAACCACUGCAAGCAUGUUCGCAAAUGCAAGAUGCAUUGGGGAGAAGAAGAUCAAUGGAGACGAUUGCUUUAUCCUCAAGCUUUGUGCUGAUCCGGCUACACUGAGGGCUAGGAGUGAAGGGCCAGCUGAGAUUAUUAGGCAUGUCUUGUUUGGCUACUUCAGCCAGAAAACAGGGCUCCUUGUUCACCUUGAAGACUCACAUUUGACUCGCAUCCAAAACAACGGAGGUGAUGCCGUGUACUGGGAGACAACAAUCAACUCGUUUCUUGAUGAUUACAGGCCAGUGGAUGGAAUAAUGGUUGCUCACUCAGGGCGCUCUGUUGCCACCCUUUUCCGCUUUGGUGAUACUGCAAUGAGCCACACCAGGACCAGGAUGGAAGAAGCAUGGGUGAUAGAGGAAGUGGCAUUCAAUGUUCCUGGCCUGUCAGUUGAUUGUUUCAUCCCUCCUGCUGAACUACGAUUCACAUCCAUGAGCGAAACCUGUGAACUUUCGCAGGUUCGUGGGGUAAGACCUGCCAUCCCAGCAUCAACUUAUCGUGCUAAAGUUGUUGAGUUUGAGAAACGCCAUGAAAAUGGUGCAAACAAUGCUGCGUGGAGGGGCCAGAUGAGCUAGGUUAUAAGUUUCUCCACUUUUGGAUAAUGUCUCUUCUAAUUUGUAAAUAGAGCAAAGUCAUUGACAUAUUUUCUCAAGAGUUUUGGUUUAAUUUUAUACUUCUGUUGGGGAAUCCCAGUAUUGGAGUCAGGGCUUGGGCUAGUGAUGACGCACGGAGCUAUGAAGGAGGCAUGUUUUCCAUAUACCUUCGCUCUAUUUAUGUCGGGAAGUAGUGAUAGAAUUCUUGUAAGCUCCUUUAUGACGGUAGUAGAUCAUGGUAGAUAAUUUUUCACAUACAGGUACCUUGUAAUCUUUUUACAAGAGCCAUGGCCAUUCCCGAAUUUGGGUCUGUUUGUUUCUUGAGUUCUU